GACUAUACGAGGGGGCGCGCAGCGCGCUCAAGAAAGCAUCCGUGUGAGCGCGCUUUUAGAUCACCCUAUUUCAUCUGUUCCGUCCCCAUACAUAUCAAAAGAGGAUCGGAUAAAGGAUUUUCCGCGAUGAAGAUGAUGAACCAGCUGUGGGCGUCCUGCUGGACGUGUCUCCUCCUCUCCAUGUUGCUGUGCGAGCCCGUGCUGUGCAAAGGAGGUCGCGGUGGCUCCAGGGGCUCCUCGCGAGGCACCUCCUCGCGCAGCUCAAACGCGGGAAAAUAUAACGGCGCCGGGACGCGCUCUCGUUACAGGUCCACGGGACGCUCGUCUCCGGUGCGCGUCGCGGCAGCAGCGGCAGCCGGCGCGGCGGUGGCGGUUGCGUUAACGGCGGACGGCUGGUACGCGUCCGCCUACCGCCGUACCAAGGCGGGCAGCUCGGAGGAAGAUUUGGAUUAUUACAACAACAACAACAACACCAAUUAUUUUGACGCUCUGAUGUCACGAUCAACCCAAAAUGUGUCAUCGCUCACCCAAGUUGUUUCUAUUAUCAUUGCUACAUUCUCUCCAGCAUAUGGAGCGAUUAUGGACAGUAUAUUUUAUUAAACACUCUGUUUCUGGUUAGUUUUCCUGCUUCCCUGUACACAUUGGACACCUGGCCAGCACUGUGGACAUGCGCAUUGUGCAUCCUGAGGAGGCUACGCACAGUGACACAGACUUUUAAAUGUAUGCAAUCUAAUUGGCAAAACAUUGAGCCCCCAUAACAUUAACAUCGACUCUUUCGAAAAUUAGGUUCACAGGAUCUGAAUUGUUCCUUGUCAACUCUUGACAUUUUUUUUCUCCCAAACAUCUCCCAAUUUUUUUCUCCCAAAAAACUGAAUGACCCCUUAAUUGGUCACUGAGUUCAUUAUCGGUCGGCCUCUUGCAGCCGUUUUGUUCCGA